CUGUGAUCUGAUACGACUGUUUCUCUGAAACGAGUUGAGACUGAAGUCAAUCAGGAAUGAGGGCUGCCAUCAUCAUCAUCAUCAUCAUCAUCAUCAUCAUCAUCACUCUCUGCCUGAUUUCAGGUCAGGUACUUUGUUUCAGUGUGUUUGGCUGCACUGGAGGGAGUGUAAUGUUCAAGUGCAUGUACAAGUCUAAUGAUCAGCAUAAAGAAAAGUAUUUCUGCAGAAACACAGACUGUACGACAGGAAUCAGUACUGAGACUCAGCGCCAAUGGGUUUAUAAUGGGAGAUUCAAUCUGUAUGAUGAUGAAAACAGCAGAUUCUUCACAGUGUUUAUCAGGAACCUCAGCAGAGAGGAUGAUGGGGAAUAUACAUGUGGAAACAAGCAGAAAUGGAGUCAUGAUGUUACAUUAGUGGUGAACAGAAACUCUUCUUCUUGUGGGACGUCUGUUAUCCGAUCUGCACGUAUUGGACAAACAAUCACUUUCCACUGUAAAUAUGAUCAUAAGUUUAAAACACACACCAAAGUCUUCUACAGACUGAACGUUGGUCCUGUCCAUGUGCUGAACAGCUCACAAUCAUCACAAUCAUCUGAGGGGAAGUUCAUCCUGUCUGACAGUCAGAAAGAUCAUUUUAAUGUGACCAUCAGAGACAUUUCUACAGCAGACAGUGGAGUUUAUUUAUGUGGAGUGGAGAGACACGAAUCAGAUGAUCAACCUUCAGAAACAUCAAUUACUCACAUCACCUUCAUUAAAGAGAUUCAUCUGAAUGUUCAGAGUCAAAUAAGUUCAGUUCAGGUUGAGGCCUACAUCAGUAAAUCAGUCUUCAUCAAGUGUAAAUUUCCACAGAGAUUCAAAGGAAACAAGAAAUUCAUCCAGAAAGAUUCAUCACAGAAGAUCCCUGUUGAUGAACAGAAUCAAUGGGUCCGUCAUGAUAAAGUGCACAUGUAUGAUGAUACCAGUGGAGGACUUUUGAAGGUUUUUAUCAGUGAUUUAAUCACAGCUGAUGAAGCGACGUACAGGUGUGGAGUGAAUAUCAAUAAUGAUGAAGAUCUGUUCACUGAGAUCAAACUGACAGUCAGACAAGUUGAUCAUUUUCCUGCAUCAAGCAAAUCAGCUGCUGUUAUUGGUGAAAGUGUGAAACUCACCUGUAAUUACCCUGAGAAACACAACGAGACCAUCAAACACAUCUGCAAAGAGAACAACGAGAAGAUCUGUCAAAAUAUCAGUUCAUCAGAGAAGAAGCGCUUUGAGUUUUCUGACAGUACAGCAGGAGUUUUUACAGUGAUCAUCAGUAAUGUGAGCUGGAGAGAUGCUGGAGUUUACUGGUGUGGAGCAGAAACCAAACACAAACAUGUGACUUCUGUUUCUCUCACCAAUAAACAUGAACUAACAUUAACCUUGCCUCCAGUGGUCGGACGUGAAGGAGAUUCAGCUGAGAUCAAAUGCCCUUAUGAUGCAAAAUAUUCAAAAGAAUUAAAACAUCUGUGCAAAGGAAAAUGUUUCACUCCAGAUGCUCAAAAUAUCAUUCAAUCAAAUGGAGAUUAUUUUAUAAGCCCAACGAUUUUAAUAAAGGACAACACUGAACUCAAUCUCUUCACUGUGAUCAUGACUGAGCUGAGAGCAGAGGAUGCUGGGAAAUACUGGUGUGCAGUAAAAGGCGCGUUUAAUCUUCCCAUUGAGCUCAUGAUCGUCAUGAAGGACGUGAUCACUCAUGAGGCGUCUGUCGGAGGAUCAGCGUCCAUCAGCUGUAAAUACAUCAGGAAUCAAAAUCAGGGUUUUUUCUGUAGAGGAGAUCAGCCCAAUAUCUGCGUCAGAGACGGAGUUCGUGUUUCAUCAAAUAAGAGAACGAAUAACGUAUUUUCUCUGACUGAUGAAACCUCUGCUGGAGUCUUUACUGUGAACAUCAGCAAUCUGAGAGCAGAGGAUUCUGGGAAAUACUGGUGUGCAGAGGAGAAUUCUGGGUCCUUCAUACUCACUGAAGUUCAUCUACAUGUGAACGGAGAAAUGACUUCAUCUGACACCAAAAGGGAAACAACCCAGAAAACAGAAACGUCUGGUUCCUUUUGUCAGAAGAGUCUCUCUUAACCAAGGACCAGAUUCACUCUGAUCACACCAUGGUCAUUUACCACAUCAUGCCACUGUUAUUACUGUAUAAUAUUGUUGUUUUUGUUGUUGUUUUCACCUUCUCAUUGGUGCAAUUCAUGCUCUUCUGUAAAUAUCUGCUUUCAGAAAUCACAAUUAGACUUUUGUCUAAAAAAAAAAAAAGAAACUUGUCUGAAAAACUGCAAAAAUAAUUCAGUUUGAUCGAGUUACUGAGCAGCUGGUGACACCUACAGGUCACUGUUACACUGUAAAAAAUAAAGAACAGAAUUUGUUGAGUCAGCUUAAAAUAAUUUGUUACCCUACUGCCUUAAAAUUAUAAGUUCAGUCAACUAAAAUAAGUUUGGUCAACUUGAAAUGUUAAGUUGUACUAAGUAACAACUUAGAUAUUUGUGUUUGCUAAACUUAACAGAUGGGUAAGUAACCUAGCUGCCUUAAAAUUUUAAGUUGAUUCAACUCAAACAUCUAAGUUGUCACUUAGUAUAAUUUAACAUUUCAAGUUGAAUAAACUUUUUUUGAGUUGACUGAACUUAAAAUUUUAAGGCAGCCAGGUUACAAAUGAUUUUAAGAUGACUCAACAAAUUGUUUUUUACAGUGUAGGAAAAAGCUGAAAUAUUCCUGUGACUGUUUUUGUUGUACAGCUUUCUAGAUGGAAACGUUUGCUUUUUGUCCUUAAAAAUGUGUGUCUCCUGUAAAGCGAAAGACAAAAAAAAAAAAAAAAAAAAAAAAAAGGUCAAAUAGUUGCCAGUACAUGGUGCCAAACAGAAACCUUAAAUUUAGUUGUCACAGUUCGGUAUGUACCUCGGUUCGGGAGUCACGGUUCAAUAUGAUUUCGGUACAACAGGAAAAGAACAACAGAUCUACUAUGCUUGCUAUGCUAGGUUUCUUUUCUUCUUUUAAGUAACUUUAUACACCUUUGUCACUGAGAGACACGUUUAAAAUCAGCAAAUUAAAUUUGUAAAUGAAGAGUUGCAUUACUGCGGGCGCCCCCUUCUGGAUUGAGGGUGAAUUGCCUGUAUUUGUUAUAAGGCCUCAUGUACCGAACCGAGAUGCCCGUACCGUGACGGUUCGGUACCAAUACAUGUAUCGUUACACCCCUAAUAUAUAUGUGUGUGUUUCAAAAUCCAGACAAUACCUGUAAGGUAACAGUUAAAAAAGAAAAAAUAGGAUGUUGAUGUUGUACCUUAAUUUUACAGUUUUUGUUUGCCAGCUGCUUAGAAAUACAAUGACCAAUUAGAGGCGUUCAGAUCAGUCAUCGCUGAAACUCAUCAGUUUUGUUUAGUGCGUGCAACUCUUAAAUUCUCUGAUCAUAAACAACAAAGUGCAGAUGUAAACAAAUUAAAGUAAGGGAUCCCUUACUGAUCCCUAACAUUUGAGUGGUAUAGUGUAAAUUGCCAUUGCCAUUGUAAAAAUUACUUCCUCUUUUAACUGUAAUGAAAGUAUGAUACAGUACACACUUUGGCUCUUCCGGUCUGGCAGUAUGAAAGAAAACCAGAGGGCAUUUUUUUCCUCUAUAUACAUUUCUGCAAACCUGAAAAUUGUACCUAUAUGUAUGAAUCACUGCAGUUUCCAGGCAGUAAAACUUUUAUUCCUUUUCACACACAGUAUGUGUUAAGUCAAACUAAAAUCAAUGAAAAAAAUAAUAUCAAUAAAUCGUCAGCCAAUCAGAGCGAGAGGCGGGAGGAAAGGAAUCUACGUUUCAUGAGGCGGCGCGGACGCGACUUCUCAGUUGAAACCGAAAGCUAAGGCAACUUCUCUGCUGAGAUCAAAGGCUGGACGAAAGGAAAGUGCACAAACGCUUAAACCAUCAUCAUAUCCCGGAGUGGCAGCCGGUGAGAACUUUAAUUUCGAUUCAGUAAACCGAUGGAUGUGACUGUUGUAGCGGCAGAUGCCGAGUGAGUUCGUGACGCAGCAAAAAAUGUCUGUGCUCGGCACGGAGAGAUUUCGAGGCCAUACUGUGUUUAUCUGCUCAUUGUUUAGCUAUUUCAAGUCAAAUGUAGUUUAGUAUAGCGAAUAGAAAUGUCACUAAGUUACAUGUGUUUUGAUUUGCACAUCUUUCUUUGUGUUUGCGAUCGCUGAUAGAAUGACGAUAGUAUUUGAUUUAUUUUUGAAGUUCGUGUGUGACUAAUCUGAUCGUUAAAAUCAUAUACAUGUAAUGAAACUGGAUGCAAGUACAUUUUCUAAACUAUGCUGCAGAUCGCACUCUAAAAAGUGUACUUUAGUAUUAAAUAAUGAAGCUGAACAAUGCUGUAUGUUAAAAGCAGAUACAAAGAAUCAGAAUAACAAGCAGUGGUUGUUUAACAAGUUUAUUUUGGAAUUUAUUUACGUAUGUUAUAUUUUUG